CCUGAGUGCUGCUUAUCAGGGACUCCCUGCUUGCCGCUGCUUGCCAGUAAUCCCCAUCUGUGUGAGCAUCCUGCUUGUCUGUGGUGGGAGCAGUGUGCAGGCUGCUUGUGAGGGCAGCACUGGUGUGGGAGCUGCAGGGGAUGCAGGGCUGCACCCGUCCAGCCGCUUCUUGCAGAUUGUGCUUUGGGAGUUUAAUAUAUAAAUGCUUCCAAAUACAUUGCUGCAGCCCGGGGGUGGGUCUUUGGAAGGUGAGGAGCUCUGGCGUGUUCAGGAGCAGCUGCUUCUUCCCAGCGGAUGUUGUCCAUCACCAUGGGGCUGAGCUGGUCGCGCUCCUGCACCUCUGCAGCCGAGAAGGAGAUGGGAGGAGCAGAGCAAAGGGAGAAGCAAUACCGAGCCCACCCGGGAUUUGGGGACCGCCGCGGUGGGGUCAUCAGUGCCCGCACUUAUUUCUAUGCUGAUGAGGCCAAGUGUGACCAGCACAUGGAGACCUUCCUCCGCUGCAUCGAUGCCUCAAGUGGCAGCUCUGAGGACGGCUUCUCAGCCAUCAAGCUGACGGCACUGGGCAGACCUCAGUUCCUGCUGCAGUUCUCAGAGGUGCUGGUCAAGUGGCGGAGGUUCUUCCAUCAGAUGGCUGCAGAGCAGGGCCAGGCUGGGCGGGCAGCGCUGGAGAUGCGGCUGGAGGCAGAGAAACUGCGGGAGUCCCUGGCCAACCUCGGCAUCGCAACCAAGGCAGAGACCCAGCACUGGUUCACGGGGGAGAACCUGGGCAUAAGUGGCACCGUGGACCUGCUGGACUGGAACAGCCUGAUUGACAGCCGCACCAAGCUCUCCAAGCUGCUGCUUGUGCCCAACAUGCAGACUGGGCAGCUUGAGCCUCUGCUCUCGCGCUUCACUGAAGAGGAGGAGCUGCAGAUGAAGAGGAUGCUGCAGCGGAUGGAUGUCCUUGCCAAGAGAGCCACUGAGACGGGCGUGAGGCUGAUGGUGGACGCAGAGCAGAGCUACUUCCAGCCCGCCAUCAGCCGCCUCACCCUGGAGAUGCAGCGCCGCUUCAACAGGGACCGGGCCAUCAUCUUCAACACCUACCAGUGUUACCUGAAGGAGGCUUAUGACAAUGUGACAGUGGACGUGGAGCUGUCGCGUCGGGAGGGCUGGCACUUCGGCACCAAGCUGGUCCGUGGUGCCUACAUGGAGCAGGAGCGGGAGCGGGCAGCCCAGAUCGGCUACGAGGAUCCCAUCAACCCCACCUAUGAGAAGACCAAUGAGAUGUACCACAGGUGCCUGGACUAUAUCCUGGAGGAGAUCAAGCACAGCCGGAAAGCCAAUGUGAUGGUGGCAUCUCACAAUGAGGACACAGUGAAGUUCACCCUGCGCAGGAUGAUGGAGCUUGGCAUCCACCCCUCAGAGAAGAAGGUGUACUUCGGGCAGCUGCUGGGCAUGUGCGACCAGAUCACCUUCCCCCUGGGUCAGGCUGGCUUCCCUGUCUACAAGUAUGUGCCCUACGGGCCGGUGCAGGAGGUGCUGCCCUACCUGUCCCGCCGGGCCCAGGAAAACAGGGGCUUCAUGGAGCGGGCGAACCGGGAGCGGGACCUCCUCUGGAGGGAGGUCAAGCGGCGGCUCCUGGCCGGUACCUUCUUUAGCUCCAGCCACUAACCCCAGCUGUGCCUCCAGCCCAGCACCUCUUGUGCCUUCACCUAUGACCACUACUGCCAUUCCCCAGCCUAGUCCUGCUGCGGUUGCCCUCCCAGCACCCUUUUCCCGAGGAAGGGACAUGUCCUUGUUGCUCUUUGAACGGCACACACCUCCCAGAGGUCACUGCUGUAGGACUGCCCCAAGAGCUGUCCCCCCACCCCAGGGCCUUGAGCUGGGCUAUCUCAGGGGCUGUGCUGCAGUGAGCGCUGCCCUGGGGCGUUCCCAUUGGAGCAGCAGGUUUGGCUGCCUGCUGUCUGCCAUGGGCUCGGGGACAAGCUGGUCUCAGCCACGCGUUCCUCCAGCCUCAGCCAGGGCAGGGACUUUUCUUCCAGCUCUGUGGAGGCAGUGCCACAGUGAACUGGGCAGGGGCACACUUGGUACCUGCUGUCUGACCCAGGGCAGCUGCUACCUGGCUGCUCCCCAGCUUUGCACAGCCCAUCCCACAGGGCUCAGCAGAGCCUGGGCUUGGCCAGUGGGGCAGGAGGAGCGGGGAGAGGCAGCCAGCCCCUGC